AUGCUGCUAAUUGCAGAUCUGCUACUUCUUUCCUUCCUGGCAAUCAGAGGAGGGAAACCCAUGUGUCAAACAUAUGGGACUAAAGAACUGUCUCAGUUUUCUAAGGAGGGUGACAUCAACAUUGGUGGCAUUUUCUCCUUUCAUCAGAACCCAGUCAGGGUCAAUCCUGCUCUCCAAGUCAACCCAGGAACAAUCCAGUGUGAAGGACUGGACCCAGGUGAGCUUCAGUAUGCAUACACUAUGAUGUUUGCGAUAGAGGAGAUCAACAACAGCUCAGAGCUGCUGCCAGGAGUGACAUUGGGUUACAGGAUAUUUGAUUCAUGUCCAAGUAUCCCUUUGUCCAUCAGGGCAUCACUUAACCUGAUGAAUAGGUAUGAGAGCAAGGAAGGCAGCUGUAGCACACUCUCCAACGUGCAUGCUGUCAUAGGGGAAACCACUUCCACCUCGACGAUAGGUAUUGCUCGCACCAUGGGACCGUUUCAUAUUCCUGUGAUCAGUCAUUCAGCCACUUGUGCAUGUCUUAGCAACAGGAGAGACUACCCCUCUUUCUUCAGAACCAUACCCAGUGACAUCUACCAGAGCCAAGCCUUAGCAAAACUUGUGAAACACUUUGGCUGGACCUGGGUUGGGGCUAUCAGAACUAAUAGUGACUAUGGUAAUGAUGGGAUGGCCUCUUUUUUGGAAGCAGCAGAGAAGGAGGGAGUGUGUGUUGAGUACUCCUUGGCUAUUUACAGAACUGAUCCCAGAAAGUGGUUCUUAGAGGUGGUGGACAUUAUAAAGACAUCCACCUCUAAGGUAAUAGUUGCAUUUGCUGAUGGCACAGACCUUGACAUACUCAUUAAGGAGCUUCAUGCUCAGAAUGUGACAGGCCUGCAGUGGGUGGGCAGUGAGGGCUGGAUCACUUAUCGCUACAUUGCCUCUGCGGUGAACUAUGCAGUGGUGCAGGGGGCAGUGGGCUUUGCAGCCUUAAAUGCUCACAUCCCUGGACUGCAGAACUUCUUAGCUAACAGCAGGCCGUCCACCACACCCAGAGACCAGGGACUGGUGGAGUUGUGGGAGACAGUGUUUGGCUGCACCUUGACUCCCAGCGCAGAGACCGGAGCUCAGAGUUCAGUUGCAGCUUGCACGGGGAAUGAGUCUCUGUGGGAUACAAACACACGUUUCACAGAUGUUUCAGAUGCCAGCCUGCUGAAUAAUGUUUACAAGGCAACAUACGCUGUUGCUCAUGCAUUGCACAUGCUAUUUACGUGCAAAGAUGGACAGGGGCCUUUUGAAAACAAUACUUGUGCUGACAGGGCAAAUGUGCAACCAUGGAAGGUUUUGCAUUACCUAACGAAGGUCAAUUUUACAACCAAAAUUGGGGAAAAUGUGUUCUUUGAUGAGUUGGGGGACCCAGUGGCACGUUAUGCACUGGUGAACUGGCAGAUGGAUGAGACAGGUUACAUACUCUUUGAGACCAUUGGUUACUAUGAUGCCUCCAGGCCUGAAGGUCAACAGUUUGAGAUGAAAGCAGGUGUGAGUGCCAUCUGGGCAGGCGAAAAUCUUGAGGUGCCAAGGUCUGUUUGCAGUGAAAGCUGUCUUCCAGGGACCCGUCGGGCUUUUGUCAAGGGCAAGCCUAUCUGCUGUUUUGAUUGCAUCACCUGUGCUGAUGGGGAGUUCAGCAACAGUACAAGUGAGACAGCAGGAGUCCUAGCCUUUACUUUAGCACUUAUUGUGUUUCUUUUGGGUAAAAUCACUGCCAGCACUUUAUUGGUAUAUCUGAAGAUGUGUGUGCUGUACAGCCUAAACAUGUUUAUGCUUUCAGAUGCAGUGAAAUGUGAAAAAUGCCCUCCCGAGUACAAGUCCAAUGAAGAGAGGAAUCACUGUGACUUGAAAGCUAUUGAGUUCCUCACCUUCAGGGAACUGAUGGGUAUACUGUUAGUCACUUUUUCUGUCUUUGGGGCCUGCCUGGCAAUGACAAUGGCCCUGAUAUUUUUCCACUAUAGGCAGACUCCAAUUGUCAGGGCCAACAACUCUGAGCUGAGCUUCCUGCUGCUCUUCUCCUUGACUCUGUGCUUCCUGUGUUCUCUGACCUUCAUCGGCCGGCCCUCUGAGUGGUCCUGCAUGCUGCGGCACACAGCAUUCGGAAUCACAUUUGUCCUAUGUAUCUCAUGUGUUCUAGGGAAAACUAUAGUUGUAUUGAUGGCCUUUAAAGCGACACUUCCAGGCACUAAUGUGAUGAAAUGGUUUGGGCCUGCGCAGCAGAGACUCAGUGUUCUGGGUUUUACUCUAAUACAGGUUUUAAUUUGCAUACUUUGGCUAACAAUCAAUCCUCCCUUUCCCUUCAAAAAUAUGAAAAUCUAUAAGGACAGGAUUAUCCUUGAGUGUGCCCUUGGAUCACCUGUAGGGUUCUGGGCUGUGUUAGGAUACAUAGGACUUCUUGCUAUUCUGUGUUUUGUUCUGGCGUUUCUGGCUCGAAAGCUGCCUGAUAAUUUCAAUGAAGCUAAAUUCAUCACCUUCAGCAUGCUGAUAUUCUGUGCAGUCUGGAUCACAUUUAUCCCAGCGUAUGCCAGCUCUCCUGGAAAGUUCACUGUGGCUGUGGAGAUAUUUGCCAUUCUGGCUUCAAGUUAUGGAAUGCUGUUUUGUAUUUUUUUGCCCAAGUGCUACAUCAUCUUAUUAAAGCCUGAGAACAAUACCAGGAAACAUUUGAUGAGUAAAGUGAGGCCAAAAUUCCUUUGAGAUUUUUGUCAAAUAAUUUAUUAAUCACUUAUAAAUCAACUAUUUACCAGUUUUUAUGCCUGAAUUUAUUUAAUGCAUAAACAUUUCACAUGUAAAUAUAUAUAUCUGAGCAUAUGUAAAUUGUGUGGUCACAUAAAUCACAGUUUAUUUUAAUGGCUGAGUCUUAAUGGUGAAGUGAAAAAUAAAAAGCAUUGCACAUAAAUCAUCUGUAUGGUGUGUAUCGAUGAUUUAAAAUUGAUUCAAUGCUCUGUAUAUACAAUGUAUAGGAACUAAAUCAAA